AUGAAGAAGAGAUUCGUACGUCGAUCUCACCAGAAGACGACGGCUAACUACCGUUGUAAUGCAGCCGUUUGGCUUUACUAUGGCGUUCAGGUUGGCGCAGUCCACGAAGCGUUCUCCUUCGCUUCGGGUGAAAACAAGCUGAGCUUCGUCCAUCCUAUGAUGGACAUCAUCAGAGCUGGAACUCAUUUUUCCAGAUCUCAAUUAUGUCUUAGUGGCAAUUAA